UUUGCGAUCCUGUUGUAGGUGCUAGCUUACCGUAUGUUUAUUCGUUUUUGGGUUUGACGAUGUCUAAAAGAGAAGGUAGUAGAGCGCCUCGUUAUUUUCAGUUCUAUAAUGGAGAAUGGGAAAAGCUACCUAUAUUUAAAGGAUGGCUAGCACCAGUUCCUGACAACAGGCACAAGGCAUUUUGUAAAUACUGUAAGAAGGAAUUCCGUGCCCAUCGUACAGACCUCCGCACACAUGCUCGUUCAAGGAAACAUCAGAAGGCAGGAGAUAUGUAUUUCAGUGAUUCAAAAAAGGAUGAAAAUCCAGAUAUUAAUUCACAGAACGUGGCAGACAUUGACAGGAGUGAUGUCAACAGCAGUGAUGGCUGGGACGAAGGGGAUGCCAAUGUUGCUGAAGUGGAAGAUGUCCCUCCACCGUGUAUGGGAACAAUGGCUUGUAUGCAACUGAUGAGUGCUGAAAACCAAACUGUUGUGUCUGGUGGUGUUUCAACCCAAGUCCUUGAUCUGGUACGUGGUGUUCCAGUUAGUCGUAUGGCCGUCACACUUUGGCUAGAGUGUGGGAACUCGUGGACACAGAUAAGUGAAGGAAUUACAGAUGCUGAUGGACGCUGCACAAAUUUACUACAGCUGAAUGAAAUAGUUGCUGGCCGGUACAAGAUGCAUUUUGAGGUCAAAAAGUAUUUUACACUUGGCUUACAUGAUACAUUCUACCCCUUCAUUGAGGUUACUUUCGAUGUAUCUGACCCACUUGAGCAGUACCAUGUUCCAUUACUUCUCAGCCCAUUUGGAUAUAUGGUGUAUCGAGGAAGAUAAUUCACUGUCAUCUCAAUACUUUGAAACUUGUUCACUGU